UUAGUAUUUAAAUUUUGACGCUAAAGUUUCUCAUGAUUAAAAAAUCAGCAAUUUAGCCACUAUGCUCCAACGUCUUGCUCGGUCCGUAGUCUUUUUGCUCCUCAUUAAUAAUACUAGCUGUCUCACCUCUCAUAAUUCUCUUGAUCAAGUUCUCAAGAUGCAGCACUAUGCUUAUUCCGAGCACGUAUCCAUUCGCGUUCAAGUUUGUAUAUCUCGCCUUACAGACACUCCAAGUGGCUCUUUUCCAGUCUGUCCGAGUAUCGAGACGACAAAACUAAAGUUGCCGUCACUCCAGCUAAAGCAAGCGAAAUCAAGCGUUUAAUUUCGCUCUAUAAACCCGAAAAGAAGCCUUUGGCCAUUUCUAUCUCAGCACUAAGCGUCUCGACGUUCAUUACAA